AUGUUAUUUAAUAUUAUAGAAGUGAUAGAAUUAAGUUCUGAAGAUGAAGAUGAAGAAGGAGUAACGAUUGUACAAACAGAAGAUGAUUUAAUCGAGGAAGAGGAUAUGAAUAAUGCUGGUUCUCAUAUUAACGAUGAUGCUAAUUGUCCUGAUGAAUUGGGACGUGUUCUAGUCAAUCUCAGUCAUCCACCAGCUGAUCCUGAUGUGUUCCUGACCCCACAGAUAGCAAGAGCCAUCAAACCUCAUCAGAUUGGUGGAAUAAGGUUUCUAUAUGACAAUGUUGUAGAAUGUUUAGAAAGACACGAGAGUACGCCAGGGUUCGGUUGUAUUUUAGCUCAUAGUAUGGGCCUUGGAAAAACUCUACAGAUGAUUGGUUUUAUAGAUAUUUAUUUACGUUAUACUAAAGCUAAAAAAGCCUUGUGUAUCGUUCCUAUUAACACGUUACAGAACUGGAUGGGAGAGUUUAAUAUGUGGGCACCAGAACCGUGCGUUAUUCCACCGGAAAUGUUAAAUGAUGUUCAUCCGAGAAAUUAUAAAGUGUUUUUAUUAAAUGAUAAUUAUAAAACUACUGCAGCUCGAGCUAAAGUUAUUGCCCAAUGGAAGGAAGAGGGAGGUGUAUUAUUAAUGGGGUAUGAGAUGUAUCGACUUCUCUCCUCCAAGAAAACGUUUGCCACCAAACCAAAGAAAUCCAAGAAAAUCAGUCUGGAACCAGAAAUUAUUGAUGUUGAUGAAGAAGAUAAAAAUAAAUCAUUAAUGAUAGAUAUAUUUGGGGCGUUAGUGAACCCGGGUCCUGAUAUUAUAAUCUGUGAUGAAGGACAUAGAAUUAAAAACAGUCACGCUGGUAUUUCACAAUCUCUUAAAAAUAUUAAAACAAGACGGCGAGUUGUAUUAACAGGCUAUCCAUUACAAAAUAAUCUACAAGAAUAUUGGUGUAUGGUAGACUUCGUUCGACCCAAUUUUCUCGGUACUAAGACAGAGUUCUCUAACAUGUUUGAACGACCAAUGAGUAAUGGACUAUGUGUUGAUAGUACAGAUAAAGAUUUACGAGUAAUGCGACAUCGAGCCUACGUUCUACAUAGUUUGUUAGAAGGCUUCGUUCAACGCCGAGGUCAUGCUGUUUUAAAUCUCAGUCUACCAGAGAAGAAAGAAUAUGUAUUUAUGAUUAGAAUGUCUCCCAUACAGAGGGCGCUGUAUAAUAGAUUUAUGUCUACUAUAUCUGACACGGCUCUCGGUUCCUGGGCCAACAAUAACCCUUUAAAAAGUUUCUCAGUUUGCUGUAAGAUUUGGAACCACCCUGAUGUUCUCCAUAAAAUCGUGACCCAGAGGAAACUAGAUGAUGAUGAUUUAGAUCUGGAGGGGAAUGAACAGGGAGGGAAGAAAAAAUCUAAAGUCAAGGACACGACUGAUGGCAUGAUUACUUACGACUGGGCGGAUGAACUGAUGAAAGACUACGUACCUGGAGUUCUAGAACAUUCUGGUAAAAUGGUUUUUCUUAACUCCAUUAUAGAAGAGUCUCUUGCUGUCGGUGAUAAAUUAUUAAUAUUUAGUCAGAGUUUGUUUACGUUAAAUCUAAUAGAAGAAUACCUGUCACAGAGAAAUGUUCCUCGUCCAGACAUGAAUGAAAAAUGGUGUAAAAACAGAUCUUAUUUCAGAUUAGAUGGAAGUACAUCAGCACAAGAGAGAGAAAAAUUAAUAUCUCAGUUUAAUCAACCCAAUAAUGAUGUAUCCUGGUUGUUUUUAUUGUCAACUAGGGCUGGAUGUCUUGGUAUUAAUCUAAUCGGAGCCAAUCGAGUGGUAGUAUUUGACGCGUCGUGGAAUCCAUGUCAUGAUUGUCAAGCUGUUUGUCGUGUGUUUAGGUUCGGACAGAAGAAGAAUAGUUAUAUCUACCGUCUAGUCACUGAUAAUACGCUAGAGAGAAAGAUCUACGAUAGACAGGUCUCAAAACAGAAAAUGUCCGAUCGUGUUAUUGAUGAUUUGAACCCUGACAAUAUGAGACGAGGUACUAAUGAUUUACUUCAAUAUACUGAUCGUGAUUUUCCAGAAGUUGAAAUUGGAGAAGAGUUUAAAGAAUGUGAAGAUAUUGUAAUGAGAAAUGUUUUACAGAAACAGGGUAAAUGGAUCACAGAGCUACCUUUUACCCAUGAAUCCCUGCUGCUAGACAGACGAGAGUUAAGAUUAUCGAAGAGAGAGAAACAGUUAGCUAAAGAAGGAUACGCAAGAGAUAAAAAGAUGAGUGUAUCAUACAGUCGACCCUCGUAUUCGGCUUUCUACCCGAAUAAUCAGGGUCUACCUAUUCUACGCAAUCAACAGGGUAUGAUGGUGAACCGAGGAGGCUAUAUGAGACCAGUAGCUAGUGUUAAACCUAUGAUAUCAACUCCAGUACCAAUGGGGUUAAAAACAGGAGCUAAGGGGUCAGGAUUGGGUAGUAAUAUUAUGAGACCUGGUGUUUCUGUACAUCAAGUUAUUACCACUACAGAAAUUGUGUUACCCGGGUCUAAUACAGCUACGCAGGCAGGAACAGUGAAUCGUAUCCCACCAGGCCAGAAAGUCUUGGUUAUCAAGACAUUAAAAGGUGUCUAUAUACGGACGGCUGAUAAGAAACUGUUUGCCGUCAGAUCGAAGGGUUUACCAGGACCGUCGAUGGCGCCACCUGGUCCGUUGAAUUUAUCAUCAUCAUCAUUAACUACGUUGUCAUCUACUCAAUCUACAGGUAAUUAA